AUGAAGUUUGUUGCUCUUAUCUCUGGUGGAAAAGAUUCAUUCUACAAUAUACAUCAUUGUAUAUCUAGGGGCCAUGAACUUGUCUGUCUUGCGAAUCUAUACCCCGAGGAACCAGAGCGCGAUGAGAUUGAUUCAUUUAUGUUCCAAACUGUUGGCCACGAUAUUAUAAAUAGUUAUAGUGAAUGCUUAGAUAUACCAUUGUAUAGAGAGAAAAUCGUAGGAUCUUCUAAGAAUCAGAAAUUAGAAUACUCUCUUACGAAAGAAGACGAAAUUGAAGACUUGUUUAGGUUGUUGCAGCGAGUACAAAGGUUGCAUCCUGAUAUUGAAGGUGUUAGUUGUGGAGCGAUCUUAUCACACUAUCAGAGGACUAGAGUAGAAAAUGUAUGUGAUAGGCUAGGCUUGACCUCGUUGACGUACUUGUGGCAAAGGAACCAGUUGGAAUUAAUGGGUGAAAUGUGUCAAAAUGGCCUUGAUGCGAGAAUCGUUAAAGUUGCGGCCAUUGGUUUGAACACUUCUCAUUUAGGUAAAUCAAUUCUGCAGUUAUACCCUAAGUUGAUCCAGUUAAAUCAAAUGUACGAUGUUCAUAUAUGUGGAGAAGGUGGAGAAUUUGAAACUUUGGUGUUCGAUGCUCCAUUUUUCAAGAAAAAAUUGGAAAUUUUACUGGAAGAGGUGAUUGCCGAUUCCACUGAUGAUGUGAGCUAUCUCAAGGUAAAGGUGAAGGCUGUUCCAAAGGAAGUCAGUGUAGAAGACUUUCAAAUGUUGGAAGCUCCACCAUUAUUAGAAGAAGAAUUCAGCCUAAUAUUUGAAGAAUUAGAAAGUAUAGGUGAUGUAGGUGAAUUAGAUCAAGGGAUUAGCAAUAUCGACCUUGGUUCCAAUGGCGUUAGGAUCAGUGCUAGUCCAACCUCAAUAUUCAAAACCUCGAAGAAAUUGUAUAUUUCGAACUUAAUAGAUACUGAAUUAUCGGACACAAUUGAAGGUCAAGUUCAAUCCAUAUUUGAACAAUUAAAAGAUAUACUUGAGAAGAAUUCUGUGUCAGCCAACAACAUCAAGCAUGUCACACUUUUGUUAGCAGAUAUGAAUGAAUUUUCGAAAGUUAACAAGGUAUAUUCUAGAUACUUUGAGUCUUUUUAUUUGCCGCCCUCUAGAAUUUGUAUUGGAACAAAGUUAUAUGAUAAGUGUUUUGCCCAACUAUCCUGUGAAGUUCUUUUAAGCGAUCAUCUUUUAAAGGAAGGAAUACACAUCAGAUCUAGGUCGUACUGGGCACCACACAAUAUUGGGCCAUACUCCCAAAGUAUAGUAGAAAGAAACGAAGAAUUCUUACAAGCUUCAUUGUCUGGACAAAUCCCACUUGAACCAGCAACUAUGCAGUUUCCUAAGGAUAACAGUUUGAAUUUCCAUGCCACUUUUUCAUUACAGCAUUUACAUAGAGUGACAGAGGUCGUGAAUGUAAGAGAGUAUGGAUCAAUCAUCUGCUUUGUUACUGAAAUCUCAUCAGUCAAUUUGGCCAGCUCAGCUUGGAACCAAUACAACAACGGUGCUGGUUCACUUACAAUCGUUCAGGUCAAGCAAUUGCCAAGGGGUGCAAAAAUUGAAUGGGGUGGAUUCUCUUAUAAGAAUUUGGUUGGUAUGUAUGACGAUGAUGAAGACGAUGAUAACGAACUUGAACAAAAUGACAAAAUUGAAACUAUUAUCAAUGACACUAUAGAAAAAUAUUCAUUGCAAGCUACUAGCAUUCAAAAGAUUGGAAAGGGCGAAUUAUUUUCCAGUACAUUGUACUCUAAUAGCUUGAAUGAUGUAUCGCUGUUCCUAAUAAAUGCCAAGGGUAAGAUUCAACUUUAUGCUAGUUUAGCUGAAGCGCAAAGCUUGGAGUUGAAGUCUGUGGAAUUUACCCCAGUGGACAACCUUUGGGAUCACAAUGGGCAAGCAUAUAAAUAUGGACUUGUUUGGAAACAUUAUAAAUAG